CUAAGUGCUGAGGGCUUUGAUUCAGAGGCAGCAGAGGACGGGGGGGAUCUGUACUGCUUCUACACAUCGUAUUCGCUCUCAUUUUGAAUCUACAAGAGCAUCGAGAAGCUUAUCGCAUUUAUGUGGAGCUGAUUGCUUCUUGGGAAACUUUUGAAAUCUGUUUCUACUGUCACUACAAGAUAUAUAUAUAUAUAUAAAAAAAAAGAAAACAAAUUUACUCUCCUUCAGCUUUCUCGUCACUGCUGAAACAAAAAAAAAAGUGUGCGCCUCAAUCAAGAUAUCAUCAACUCUUCUGAAAGUAGAAAAUCAUUCGCCAAAUCUCGACUCUAUGCGGUUGGAUCUGAUGUAUUUGAAUGACCACCCAGGAUUUUUUGCGACCUGAUUUAUUAGGAAUCAUGAAGACUAUUUCACUCUUGUUUCUUUUUACAUUUUCUCGCUUGCUUUUUGUGAAAGGAUUUAAUCCAGAAUGUAAAUUACAACUGGAAAUAAAAGAAGAAGAAAGAAAAUGUUUGGACAAGCAAAACAAGCAAAAAACAAUUGGCUUUAAGGGAUGCCGAGUACACUGGGAUAACAUAACGUGCUGGGACUCGGCAAAGGUCGGAGAAAUUGUUACACAAAAUUGCCCUGUGAUAUUCCGUCACUACUUUACUAAAAAAGGAAAUAUAAGUAGACAGUGCCUAGGGAAUGGUGUCUGGUCUGAAACAUAUCCAAAUGUCGCAGAUUCGUGUGGAUUUAAUGACAAUGUAACAGCUCAUAAGGUUUCUUUUUAUGUAAUAGUUAAAGCAAUCUACACGUUUGGACACAGUGUCUCAUUGAUAGCACUGACAAUAGGGAGUACAAUUCUGUGCCUAUUCAGAAAACUUCACUGUACACGGAACUACAUCCAUCUGAAUUUAUUCCUUUCUUUUAUUUUGAAAGCCAUAUCAGUUUUAAUAAAGGAUGAUUUUCUCUUCUCUAAUGAAAUGUCCUGCCCCGACUCACUGAUCGGUUGUAAAAUUAUCUUAGUAGUGUUUCAGUACUGUGUGACGGCAAAUUUCUAUUGGCUGUUGGUGGAAGGUCUCUAUCUGCACACUCUGCUUGUGGUUAUAUUCUCUCCGAACCGACAUUUUAGAGUUUAUCUGCUCAUUGGAUGGGGUAUACCUGCUGUAUUCAUUAUUGCAUGGAUAUUGUCAAGAAUUAAUCUGGAAGAUACCGGAUGUUGGGAUACAAACGAAAACAGUAUUCCAUGGUGGAUUAUACGAACACCUAUAUUUAUUUCUAUUAUUGUAAAUUUUUUCUUGUUUAUCAACAUUAUCCGAAUUUUGCUGCAGAAACUAAGAUCACCUGAUGUCGGGGGCAAUGAUCAAUCACAAUUCAAAAGACUCACCAAAUCGACGCUCCUGCUCAUACCGUUAUUUGGAGUUCACUACAUGGUGUUCACAGUUUUUCCGAUUCCCAGUUUCAACGAUUGCCAAAUAUGGUUUGAACUAUCCGUGGGAUCUUUUCAGGGUCUGGUUGUGACGAUUCUUUACUGCUUUUUAAACACAGAGGUUCAAGGAGAGUUAAAAGGAAAAUGGAGAAGCCUCUUUUUAAACCGUAACAUGAAUCGAGAUCACCGUUUGCACAGUUUAUCUAUUUCCCGAAAUGGAUCUGAAUGUGUGGCGCAAUAUCCCCGCAACCUAAGGGCGCUGUCAAUUUUGCAAACUGAAACCACAGUGAUUUAAUCUCUGCAUAUAUUAAAGAAAAAGAAAACUAUAACUUUGAAGACUAUUAAACAUUUUUACGCAGCUAUAUUGAUUUUCUGUCAGCAGGAAAAACAAGACUUCAUCUGUAAAAAAAAAGAUAAAUUCUUUUGGCUUAGAUGACCAACGGACUUUUAUAUAAACCUUUGGGUUUAGUACCAUAUUGCACUUCAAUGUUCUAUAACUUUUUCUAUCAUGCAUAUAUUUGAAUUUAAAUUAUUAUAAAAAUGUUUGUGAUUGUGAUAUUUGUUUAAACACAUGUGCUAUUAUUAAGAGAGCAUGGAUGCAUAUGUGCAUAUUCCAGUGUAGGCUGGGGUAGAAAUUAAAUUGGCGCCUUUGCUACUGUGACCUGAAAAACGUGGGCUGUGAGUUGCAACAUUAUUUUGUAAUCUGUAGCUCAAUAUACAGCCAUGGGAAAAUUGUGGAUACAAUGUAGUCAGGUUUUAAGGCAAUAUGGCUUCUCUUGCUAAACCCUUCUUGUGAUAUUUUAAUGGAUUUCCGUGCAGCUUGUUUGGUAAGGAGUUAUGUGUUAGGAUGCUGUUAGAUGAAGCCCUAGAUGCAGAAAAGGCCGUGGGCACAAUCAGGUACGCAGUACAAAGGGGUCAGACGAAGAAUGAUCAGGAAAGCCAAAGGUCAGGCAGGAGGCACAGGAUCAUAGUCAGGAGUCAGGCAGGAGUCAAAAACCAGGAAGUAAUAGGACUGGCACUGAAGGUAUACACACAACAGGAGCAUGGUAUAACUGAGCAAAGAGUAUAGGGUUAGUGGGGUUUAAAUAGGUAUUACUGCAGCUCUGCCUUCAUGUACACCUCCUGUGUUUCUACUGUCCCUUUAAGAGGGCCUUGCUAUGGCGCGUGACCCUUAGGAGCUCCUUUGGUGCUUCGUCCCUCUGCCAUGAGGUAACGGAGAAGGUAAUUCCCCAAGCUGCGGUGCCAUGCCCGGAAAGUUGCACUGUCUGUCAUCUGUCCCUGAAGGACUGUGAGCAGCCAGAGUUGAUGCACAGGCCAGCUUACUGUACGAGGGACGUGCUCCGGCGCAGCGACUCCGUAGAGAGAGAGGGAGGUGCAGCGGGGGAGCUCAAGGCAGGUAAGCCGGGGUGCGGUGACCUGAUAGAAUGUUUGAGGAAUGGAAAUGUAUUGUGCUUUUCAGAGUAUCUAGAGAUAGUUUUCUUGUGUCCAAUUUAUUUUGAGUUACCAUUUUCUUGUGUCUUAUUUUCGGCCAUACCACAGGGCUGAACCGAAUUCGCCAAUCCUGUAGUCCAUAAUUUUUGAAUACUAAUGUAGAUUGUUAAAUAUUUGAGUAUUGCAUAUCUUACAGAAAACUAAUGUAUGGGAAAGAAUAAAAAUAUGUUCCUAUUUAGGAGGCAUAAAAUAACAGCCACUUAUGUUAAAAUGAAGUUUGUGAUCUAUUUAUUAUUAGAUAUAUUUUUUAAAUAUAAAACAAAACGCCUCUGCUUCUUAAAACUACAUGUGUAGAACAUAAUUCACAUAAUAAUUCAUUCAUAUCACAUGCAAACAUUAGUGAAAAUCAGAUUUUAGUUUGCACAGAUGUAUCUUUCAUUAUCAAAUAUCACUAUUAUGUAUUUGUUUAUUUAGAAAAUAAACAGAAAGCUUGCAUUUAUUCAGUAUUAUGCAAACGUGUAUUAUAUUUUGCAUUGUAAAUAUAGAACUUUUGAAAAAAAAUUAUCUUUUAAAAAAAGUAUCUUUUUUUUUUUAACUGGUUUCUGUGAAUGCCAUAAAUAUGCGAAAUGCGUUUACGUUCCAUUGCAAGGAUACAGUGCAAUUAUUGGUCCAAUUAUCUAUUGGAUGCAAUGGUGAUACAAAGGUUCAAUUUACGCUAUUUUAUUAGUUAAAUUUCACCCCUUUUUUUUUUUUUUUAAAGUGCCAAAAUGUGCCAAUGUACAUUACAUGCAAUAUCAUUGUUCAACUGCAGUUCAAAAGCUGUUCUUUUAAAAUUAUAUUUAUCCUGGUUCAUGAAUAGUUUGCUCAUGAGUUUUGCAUUAAGUGUAUUGAUGUUUUGCUACUCAUUGGCCAUAUAGGUUUAACAAGAUUAGUUUGGCACAUUUAAAAAUAAACUCUAGGUACUCUAAGCACUGCGCACAGCUACCCACCACGACCCCCACUUCCGGAGGUAUGGCUAAGUGUUUAACUGCCUUAGACUUACCAAAUUAGACUGUCAAGAGGCAGCUGACUCUUUAAAAUAUUAAUUGGUACCAUCACUACUUGAGCUAAUGCCAAAGCAUCAGCUUUACAAUAGAAAGGGACUGGGCUGCGGGUUGCCAGUGACUAUCAUUUUGUGUUAAUACUG